GCUUGACGGUCCGGGUUUUAAAACAUUGCUUUCAUUCCUUGCAACUAGAUUCACCUGGCUUUCUUCCGUUCAACACCGACAAUUCAAUACAAAAGACUAAUUGUUGGGGUGGCUCAUGUUGAAGACUUCGAAUCAAUAGCUGAGCCAGAGAAACGUGCGAAUUGUGAACAACAAGCUCUCACCUUUGCAAAACUGCUUCUGAAAGAAAGGCGAAGGUUCAAGAGCAUUGGUGAAGUUGUUUCUGCCAUUCAGCAGCCUAAAUCAUGAGAAAUUCCUCCUCAAAUUUAUGAUUUUAGAUAUUGCAAGGAUAAUUGAGUUAAAUUGUGAUACCUCCAAAGGACAAGCAGAAUGUAUUCAAGGGUAAUAAGAGAUUUCUUCGGUUUUGCAUCCCAAAAAAAAUAAAAAAUGAACGGGCAAAUACGUAAAGUUACAUUCUGAGAAAAUUCUUUCUUUCCAUAUCUCUCCAACUCUCAAACAAGGGAAAGAUGUUUCUUUUCUUUUCUUUCAUUGAACUCCCAAACGAAAUAUUCAUCUUUUCUCCUCUUUUCCUUUCUUUUCUAAGUUAUCUUUUCUCUUCUCUUCUCUUCCUUCGUCUACUCCCAAACUAAGCCUUAUUUAUCAGUUCUGCAACCGCUGAGAAACUCUAAAACCCUCCCACCUAAUUCUUAAACCUCAGUUUUUCUGCGUAAAUUAGCAAACAUUAGGAAAAAUGAUGAGGAUAGCGCAAGCUCCGAUUCAAUUCACAAAACAGCCCUACAUUGAAGAUGUCGGCCCCCGCAAAAUAGAAAGUAUUCAGUUUUCUACAUUCGGAGAAUCCGAGAUUCUGAAAGCAGCUGAAGUACAAGUAUACCGCGGUGUAUAUUAUGAUUCUGCGAAAAAGCCUUGGGAGAAUGGCUUAUUAGACCCUCAUAUGGGCCCCGCAAACAAGAAUGGAAUUUGUGAAACAUGCCAUGGGAACUUUAGGGAAUGUCCAGGGCACUACGGAUAUUUGACUCUUGCUCUACCAGUUUACAAUGUUGGAUACUUGAUUACUGUCCUCGACAUCUUGAAGUGCAUUUGCAAGGUAGAUGCUUAUAGUUCUACUUAUAUGUUUGUGCAUAGUAUUUACUUUGACCUGCAAAUCUCUCUCUCUCUGUCUCUCUCUCUCUCUCUCUUUUGGAUUCAAGUUGAUGCAAAGUAUACUUCUUAUUUGCUGUUGGUUCAUCAUUUUGUACGUAGGACUGACUUGAAUAAUUAUAGGAGUGCUAGGAUGACAUUCUUUUGUCUGAAAAAAAAAAUUCUUUUACCAAUCUGCCUUCUAUUUGCCACUUGUGUCCUCAUGUGCCCAAAAAAAAAAAUCCCCUUCUCCUUGCACUCAGAACAUGCAAAGAGGUGCUGUUUCUAG